AUGAGCUUGAACUUGAAAGGUGCCUGCAUAACCGAUUACCACACCAACAACAACAACCAUACAGAUAAUAACAACAACAAGAACAAUAUUCUAGAUAUUAAUCAGAAUAACAAUAAUAAUAGUCGUAGUCAUCAUCAUAAUCACCAUUCACCGUCACUAAAUUUAAUAUCGAUUGCUUAUGACAAUUUAGGUUUCAUAUAUCAUCACCUAUUCAAUGUUAUAACUUUAAAAAGUGGAUUAUUAACACCAUUAUUAAUAUCAUCAUCAUCAUCAACAACAACAAAUACAUCAUCGCCAAAGAUAAAAUCGAUAUUAAAUCAAUCUAUAUAUAGAAAUAAUAAUAAUAAUAUAUUUGUAAAUAAUAAUAAUAAUAGUUCUGCAUCAUCUUCGAAAUCAACAAUGGAGUCAAACAGUAGUAGUAGUAGCAGUAAUAAUAAUAAUAAUUAUAGUAGUAGUCAACCUCUUGAUAGUGGAAAUCAAACACCCCCAAUACCAACAACACAACAGUCUUCGGAUGCCACACACAAGCACAAUCAUCAUCAACAUAGCGGAUCACCACCAAAGCAACAUCAUGUAAAGGACGAAAGACCUAUCUCAUUGCCAAAUCAAUCUAGUCCAAUCAAACACUUUGCUUUGGACAUUGGUGGUACUCUUUCAAAGCUAGUUUAUUUCGUACAGAACAACAGUCAUAACAAUAACAACAACAACAAUACAUCAACAUCAACCAUUCCUUCCUCUUCAACAACAACACAAAACGAAUUAGGAGGAAAGUUACAUUUUAUUAAAUUUCAAACAAAGAACAUUGAAGAUUGUUUAAAUUUCAUUAUAGAUAAUAAAUUACAUUUGGAAGAUGGUAAACCAAAAGAUGUAAGAGUAACAGGUGGUGGAGCAUACAAAUAUGCAGAUCUUUUCAAUGAAAAACUUGGUUGUAGGUUGAUAAAAGAAGAUGAGAUGCACUGUUUGAUCGUCGGUACAAACUUUUUGUUAAACAAUAUACAGAGAGAAUCAUACACCUAUUCACCUACACCAAAUGCAAUUACACCAAGAGAAUUUGUAGAUAAAGUUGUAUUGCAAAUUGGAUCGGGUGUUAGUGUUAUCAAAGUCGAUAGUGAAACCAGUUUUCAAAGAGUCGAUGGUACCAGUUUGGGUGGUGGAACGUUCUGGGGAUUGUGUAGUCUGCUGACCGGUGUCACCGAUUUCGAUGAGAUGCUCGAAAUGACAAAGAAUGGACAUUCCAACAAUGUCGACUUGGUCGUCGGAGACAUCUACGGCACCGACUACUCCAAGAUCGGACUGUCGUCAGAGACUAUUGCCAGCAGUUUCGGUAAGAUAAUCUAUCAAUCCAGUACAGAGCAAUCGUCAGAUUCAUCCGACGGUAACAACAACAACAAACAGCAAUUCCGAAAGGAAGACAUUGCACAAUCGCUACUCAAGAUGGUCUCUAACAACAUCGGUCAGAUUGCCUAUCUCAACUCACAGCGCUACGGACUCAACAAGAUCUACUUUGGUGGAUUCUUUAUUCGCGACCACCCCAACACCAUGCAGAGGAUCUCAUUCGCCAUCGACUUUUGGUCGAAAGGCAAGACCAAAGCAAUGUUUCUGGUGCACGACGGAUAUCUUGGCGCGCUCGGUGCAUUCUUGGCGCCAAACGAAGUUGCAGCAGCACCUUCCUCACCCUCCUUGUCAUCCUCCUCCAAUUCGACACCAACCACCACAUCCUCAACCAUAACAACAUCAACAACAAACAACAACACAACCAAUUCAACAACCACCAAAAAUGCACACGAUGACGAUAUCAUUUGUGAUUGUGGCUGUGAAUUCUGUGAAGGUUUAGUAUGUAAAGUAGAUUUAAAAAUAGAUAAUGAUACACCUACAACAUCAACUAAAUAA